GUUUAGAAAGGAAAAUCUGCUGCUGCAUGUCUCAGUUAGUCACCGGGGACGGUUCAGACUGAGGAAUAAUGUUUAGUUGGUCGUCUGAGAAGCUGCAUGGAUGACAAACACAAGGGCUACUGCUGCUGGCACAGCGCCCACUGCAGUCUGCACAACGCACUGAAAAAUCACGCCUCGCUGGCUUCACAUCUAAUUGGUUCCGCACUAACUGCCGUGGAGAGCUCACCUGCUUUAAUUGGACUAUCGCGACAACUCGGCCAAGUGACGUUAAUGGGACUGGUCGCCUGUUUCCUAUCGUCGUAGGAAUAUCUGACGAGCCUAAUUGGGCACGAGGCAGGACUGCAGCAGAGAGCAAACCGAGGCGCGCGCGCUGCCCACCAGGCCGACGAAGGAAGAGUGACUGCGCGAGCUCAGGCAUCCCAGCCUGUGAAUGAUGCUGGACGGAGGGAAUUGAUGAGCAUUUAAACAUAAUGGACCAGCCUUGACAGCCCCAGGUUCUGUUGAACUACACACAUGCUUUAAGCUCCUCAUUUGUCAGGAGAACAGGACUUUUCACGCGUGGCUAAAACUCUGGACUCGACUGUUUUCCUCUUUGAAAGGCUUUGCUCCAUUGUUUUACCUCUGCCACGCUUACACUCGAACAUUUGAGCUUCUUUUUAUUAUCAAGUGUUGUGUGCACUCCUGCGUUUAGAGCCAUGGGCUGUACGGUGAGCGCCGAGGAUAAGGCAGCAGCUGAGAGGUCAAAGAUGAUCGACAAAAACCUCCGUGAAGACGGAGAGAAGGCGGCCAGAGAAGUGAAACUGUUGUUAUUAGGUGCUGGGGAGUCAGGGAAGAGCACCAUUGUAAAGCAGAUGAAGAUCAUCCAUGAAGACGGCUACUCAGAAGAUGAGUGUAAACAGUAUCGAGCAGUGGUUUACAGUAACACCAUCCAGUCGAUUAUGGCUAUAGUUAAAGCCAUGGCCAGCCUGAAGAUAGAAUACAGCAACGAGUCUCGAGUGGACGAUGUCCAGCAGCUCUUUGCUCUGUCUGCAGCUGCAGAGGAACAGGGCAUCCUUCCUGAUGAGCUGGCCAAUGUGAUCAGGAGACUGUGGGCUGAUAGCGGCAUUCAGAGCUGCUUUGCACGGUCGCGAGAGUACCAACUGAAUGACUCUGCAGCAUAUUACCUGAAUGACUUGGAGAGGAUAGCUAAAGCCGAUUACAUCCCCACCCAGCAGGAUGUGCUGCGAACUCGUGUCAAGACCACAGGCAUUGUGGAGACUCACUUCACCUUCAAGGAACUGCACUUCAAGAUGUUCGAUGUCGGAGGCCAGCGCUCAGAGAGGAAGAAGUGGAUCCACUGCUUCGAAGGAGUGACCGCUAUUAUUUUCUGUGUUGCACUGAGCGCCUACGACCUGGUGCUGGCUGAGGAUGAGGAGAUGAACCGAAUGCAUGAGAGCAUGAAGCUGUUUGACUCCAUCUGCAACAACAAAUGGUUCACCGAGACCUCCAUCAUCCUCUUCCUCAACAAGAAAGAUCUGUUUGAGGAGAAGAUUACCCGCAGCCCACUCACCAUCUGCUUCCCAGAAUACACAGGAGCAAACAAGUUUGACGAAGCAGCAAGUUACAUUCAGACAAAGUUUGAGGACCUGAACAAGAAGAAGGACACAAAGGAGAUCUACACACACUUCACCUGUGCCACUGACACCAAGAACGUGCAGUUUGUGUUUGACGCCGUCACUGAUGUCAUUAUCAAGAACAACCUGAAAGACUGUGGUCUAUUCUAAAGGAGGAUGCCUGAUGCACAGACUGCAUGAGAGACUGCAACAGCCAUGUGAUGAUUACUGCUUUUCAUAAUGAAAACCAUAAACAGACUCAACUCCUGGAGGGGAAACCUAAAAGAACUACAACAAUCAUGGAGUUUCCACCGUCACUUUCUCUGCCUGUUAUGUUGAUGUUUAUUUUAUUUGAUGUAUUUUUUUCUGCAGUGAACAGGGAUUCUUGUAUAAACAUACUGAGCACAGACAGAUUUAUGACCAUGGACUAUGUUAGAAAACAUAAUACAAUCAGAGGCAUGGAUUUGAGAGUCAGAUAUGUUAUAUUAUUACAGGUACAAUUUAAAAAAAUUAGAAUAUCAUGAAAAAGUUCUAUAUUUUUUGUCACUCAUUUCAGAAAGUGAAA